AUGAGGAUGCUUGCCUACGGCAGUCCAGCUGAUUCGUUCGACGACACAUACCGCAUGGCCGAGUCAAUAGUUCUUGAGACUGUGAAGCAAUUUGCAAGAACCGUCAUUGCUGUUUAUGAGUCUGAUUUCUUGAGGCCACCAACUGCAAGUGAGCUUGAGAUAAUUUUACGAGUCAAUGAAGCUAGAGGUUUUCCUGGGAUGAUCGGUAGCAUUGACUGUAUGCAUUGGGAAUGGUCUAACUGCCCGACUGCGUGGCAUGGCCAGUACAAGGGGCACAAAGGCAAACCAACCAUAAUUCUGGAGGCUGUUGCUACGCAGGACUUGCGCAUCUGGCAUGCAUAUUUCGGAUUGCCUGGGUCCCAUAAUGACAUUAAUGUGCUUCAUAGGUCCCCGGCGUUUGACGACCUCGCUGAAGGACGAAGACCGCAAUUUGAGUUUGAUGUUAAUGGAAACAAGUACAACAUGUGUUACUAUCUUGCCGACAGAAUAUACCCUGAUUGGGCUACGUUGGUAAAAUCAUACAGUGAGCCGAUUAGUCUAAAGGAGAGAGUAUAUGCAGAAAGGCAGGAGUCAGUAAGGAAGGAUGUGGAACGAACUUUUGGGGGGUUACGGUCCAGAUUCAGGAUAAUUUAUAACCCUGGUAGGUUGUGGAGCCAAAGUGAUCUAAACGACAUCAUGCGUGUUUGUGUUAUUCUACACAACAUGGUGAUUGAAGAUGAGAGAAAUUUGUACAACAAUCACCAGGAGUUUGAGAUGUCUUCAGACCCACCGAUUUCUCAGAAUAGAGAUGUGCCAGAAAUUUCUCAGUUGAUUAAUUCGUCCACCAAAAUUCGUGACAAGGCCACGUCUAACAGAUUGCAACGAGACCUCAUGGAGCACAUUUGGUUUCUCUAUGGCAACGAUGCAGGACCUUUUGCAAAUAGACAGGGCCGGCAGGAACAUGGAACUCUGCGUUAA